GCAAGAACUCUCUUUCCUUAAUACAAGAAACUGCCUGCACAACCCAUUGAUCCGCUGCUGUCACAUUGUUACUCGAUAACAUGUCCCAAAGUAAAGGUACAGUGGUCCUUGCAUACAGUGGGGGGCUGGACACGUCCUGCAUUCUCGUAUGGCUGAAGGAACAGGGCUUUGAUGUCAUCGCUUACCUGGCAAAUAUUGGGCAGAAUGAAGAUUUCGAGGAGGCCCGGAAAAAAGCUGUGAAUCUUGGCGCAAAGAAGGUUUAUAUAGAAGACAUCCGACAGCAGUUUGUGGAAGAAUAUAUCUGGCCGGCGGUACAGGCCAAUGCUAUCUAUGAGGAUCGUUACUUACUGGGCACCUCACUGGCACGUCCCUGUAUUGCCAAGAAGCAAGUGGAAAUUGCCAAGAAAGAAGCAGCAGAGUAUGUGUCUCAUGGUGCCACUGGAAAGGGUAAUGAUCAGAUUCGUUUUGAGCUCACGUGUUACUCGCUGUACCCCGAAGUCAAGAUCAUUGCCCCUUGGAGGAUGCCAGAGUUUUACAACCGAUUCAGAGGGCGCAGCGACCUGAUGGAGUAUGCCAAGAAACAUAACAUUUCUGUCCCAGUGACUCCCAAGAGCCCUUGGAGUAUGGAUGAGAACCUCAUGCACAUCAGUUAUGAAGGUGGAAUUCUAGAAAACCCCAAGAACCAUGCUCCACCUGGACUGUACUUAAAGACAAAGGACCCCGCCACGUCUCCAGAUGAGCCAGACAUACUUGAGAUUGAGUUCAAGAAAGGUGUCCCCGUGAAAGUCACCAACACCAAGAACAAGACCCAGCACAGCUCCUCCCUCGCACUGUUUUGUUAUCUCAACGAAGUAGCUGGAAAGCACGGCGUUGGCCGGAUCGAUAUUGUGGAGAACCGGUUCAUUGGCAUGAAGUCUCGAGGUAUCUACGAGACUCCGGCGGGGACCAUACUCUACCAAGCGCACUUAGACAUUGAGGCGUUUACCAUGGACCGCGAAAUGCGCAAAAUUAAGCAGCAGCUGUCGCAAAGGUUUGCCGAGCAGAUCUACAAUGGAUUCUGGUACAGCCCAGAGUGUGAGUUUGUGCGCAGCUGUAUCUCCAAAUCUCAGGAGAUGGUGGAAGGCAAGGUGCUGGUUUCUGUGCUGAAAGGACAAGUGUAUGUGCUGGGCAGAGAGGCGCCUCAUUCUCUGUACAACGAGGAGCUGGUCAGCAUGGAUGUUCAAGGAGAUUAUGACCCGGCUGAUGCGUGCGGAUUUAUCAAGAUCAAUGCUGUAAGGUUAAAGGAAUAUCACCGGCUUCAAAAGAACAAAAAAUAACAGUGAAGGCCAUGAAUGGAUAACAUAGCUGCAAACACAGGACAGCAGAGCACCCCAUUUUAAUAUCCCUCAGUGCCAUUAAGCAUCAGUCAUCCGAAGCACAAAAACCACCUAGAGUUAGAGAAUGGGGCUGAUCUUCUAAACUAGCUUCUAAACUGCACCAAAGCAACUGCCAGUGGAAACCAAUUGAUUACAUCCAGUCUACUUUUUUAGUUUUAGGACCUCACCCUAAAGGCCCCAACCAUUUAACGAUCUACUACAAGUUAGACGAUGACAGCAAAGAACUAAUAGUAGUAGAUAAGGGUAAUUGCAUGGGUUCAGUUUAGCACUGCUGUUAGUAAAUCAGGCUCCUAGUCUAUAUCAGUGUAAUAUUUGUAGAAGUAAUAAAAUUUACUGUAUGUAA